AUGAAAGACAAGGAGAACUGGGUAAACAUGUAUGUUUAUAAAUACUCUCACUUUGGAAAUCGUACCUCCAACCGCGCAGAAAGUGCACAUGCUUCCCUCAAGCAUUCUCUUGGUACCUCUUCUGGUAAAUUGAUGACAGUGACACUAAAAGUGAAAAAGUGGUAUCAGGAACUGGUUGAUGAUCGUAAAUGCAGAUUAAUGACAGAGUGCCUUGGAGAGAGCACAGAAGUUGUGUUUGACAAAGUCAAUGGAGCGAGACUAAAUGACAUUUACCACUUGACAAUUAACAACGCAGAACCAGUAUCAGCAAACAUUGCUAAAAUAACAACUAUAUCGCCUCAAUUUGAUCACGAUCUUGAGCUUGUUCAUGAAGGCUUUCACAGUACACACAGCAAACAAGAACAAAUAGAUAUACAUAAUUUAGUAAAAAACAUACUAGAAAAAAUGACCAAGCAGAAACUUGAGGAUCUUAAUGGUCCAACAAUAGUGGAAGCCAUCAAAGGCCAACCCAAAAAUACAAAGCCAAAAGAACAAAAAAAUUUUGCUCUAUUUUCUAGAAAACAAAUAUCCUCAACUCAAGAGCAAAAAGCCUUGCAAAAUAUCACCAAUCUUGGCUUGCCAAUCGAUCACACAAUAUUAACAAAUCUUACUAUUGCUCCUAAACAUAUAACCAAAGUCUUUUCUCCUGAAGCAGAUGGCAACUGUGGAUACCGAGCAAUAGCAAUGGAGAUAUAUCAGGACCAGAAGAAAUGGCUUGAAGUUAAAGAAAAUAUGCUAGAAGCCUACUUAAAAUAUCAGCAUACAUAUUACCAAGGAAGAAUGGAAAAUGGCAACAUGCCUGCAUCCACAAACCCGCUCAUAAUCAUUCUCAAAGACAAAAGAUCACCCCUCCCACAGCAACAUUGGUUUGGAACGAUUGACCAUCCACAACUUGCAGCAGAUGUGUUCAAUAGAUCAGUAGCUGUAUAUUGGAACACUCCAAGAGAAACAGGCGACUGUCUCUUCGUUCCAUUAACUACCACACCAGAAAAAUUCGAACCAAUAAUCAUCAUCUUGUACAUCAACCACUUUCUCCUUGCGAAACGUAAACCUAUCAGAAACUUUACUUGGCCAAAAAUAAAUCCUUUCCACAAAGCCAUAGUCAAAAGAUAUGGCCUGUUGUGGGGAGAAAAUAAAGCAAAAUAUAAUAUAGACGAAAGAAUUCGUGAGAACUUGUGUAGGUUGUUUAUUUCAAAAGAAAAUGUGUGCUUAAGUAAUCUUUAUCACGAUGAGUCAUCUUCCAGGAGUAUUGUUCUUCUGGAAAGAUCCGGAAAGACCAAUUGA